AUGUCCUAUGCCGUUGAGAAACUUGCAGCUGGACCCAGCUCGUCCUCCGGUGCGAGCGGCAUCUCCUCAACGAAAGCGACCGUCCUCGACUUCAAUUGCCUCUUCACCCACGACCUGCGUCGGAAGCAGAAAAGGUGGCAAGAUGGCCGGCUCAAGUACCACACCUUCAACAAGCGCGUCAUGGUGUACGAUGAGCGAGGUAAUUUCAUCGGUGAUGCUCACUGGCAGGGAGCCUGCCCCGUCGUCGAGGAAGGGGAGGAGUUGGCGCUGGACAGAGGUUCGGCCAUUGUCCAGGUGGCCGAGUGCGUGGGCGAGCGAGAGCAGGACCUGAGCGAGGUCCUCGACAGACGGGUGAGGGAGGUGGAGAAGAGAAGGGCGGAAGCGGCGGCCAAGACGCCGGCUGCGAGGGUCGCCACCCGGAGACAGGAGGGGACGGGACAGCCGCAUCUCCACCACCAGCGGCCCUUGACCUCGAUUGCUGCGAGCCCCGGACCACUCGGUCGAGCAGCCGUAUCGGAUCGCUCACCGUACGAAGUUCGUCUCGCCGCAGCGACGGACGAUCCCGACGGUAACCCGAAGCGCAGGCGGCUCGGCGUCUCGCCGCCCAGCAAAGCAGGAUACGCCCAGAACCUGUUCGGGACCCAGUUGACAUUGUCAUCCUGCCCGGUGCCGCUUGGCGGGCGAUCGACGGCAACGAAGACGAGACCGAGACCACCGAGGGAGCAGCUGUGGGUGCCGCCGAGGGAUGCUGGACGAAUUGUGGCGAAAGAGAAUGACGAAGACGACGAUAAUGACGAUUUGGUAAUGAUACGCAGUAGAUCACGGUCGAAACGGGAUGCGACAUUUGUAGACAAGACGGAACGUGCUGGUGACCCGGGGCUGCAGCAAAUGGAGAUUACGACAAAGGGAGUGGCAGGAGGCGCCGCUGGAACAUGCAAGAUCCAAUCUCGAACCGAACAGGAUUCACCAGGAGCAAACGAUGGGCAUCCGACACGACGACGGGCGACUCUAGUCAAGGGAGUCGCAACGGCAACACCCCAAACGGAUCACAAAGAGCCCGCUUUGUCGGCAUUCUCGAGGACCGAAGACGAGAAUGAGGCAUUCGAGGGAAGGAGAGGUCCAGUCUGCGAGACAAGGCCUGUCACGCAGUCGAUGCCCGAGAGGCGGCCGACGUUGCAAGGAGAGCCGACAGCAUCCGCUCAUCUGCAGGAAGUUUCCGGCCGCCCUGCGUCACCCAAAAGCUCCGAGCCACGGACGGAGCUAAGGAUCAGGGCAAGACAAAGAAGGGGGCUGCUCAUGGUGUCUGAGAAGCAAACGCGUCAAGUGGCCUUGGCCGGCAGCUCCGAGACGCCCGAUUCAAGUGCAGUCCAUCGUCAGAAAAAGCAGGCACCCAUCUCAAGCGUACGACUUCAGUCCGAAGCGUCGGCAACGGCCUCUGCUGUUCGACACGAUGGACAGAGUUCGCGGCGAAGGCGAGAACCUGCCAUUGAGACGGCGGUGUCGCAGUCAGAUGGCGAGAAUGAGACUGCACAAGGGAGACACAAACGGCAGAGAGAAAGAUUGCCCAAGGUCUCAUCAGCCCGCGCUCUCGAUCCCGAUACGCGCUCCACGAGCGAGACGAAUGAAGUCGAAUGCGAGCUGCCGUCGCCGCCGCCGAGGAGGAGAGAUUCCCGUCACCAGAGAUCCGAUGCAGGCACAGGAACUGGAGAUGGCAAAGCAGGACUGCGAAUCACAAAAAUGGCGAGAAAGAGCGUCAAAAGCAUGGAAAUUAUUGGGUAUGCACCGUCGCCGGCAACAGAUGGCCUUUUGCUGGCGCCGGCGACGAGCAGGGUUGGAUCCACGGCAACGCUCGGCGUCCAUGCAACUCCGCAGCAUGGUGACCCCGUUCGGCCGCAGGCCAUUAGCUCGCUCAGAGAGCAUGCUGCGGAAACGAAUUCUCGAGAACGGGAAAGCCCAUCAACAGAUAGGACGGUAGAUGAGCCCGACAUCGGUACGACGGAGAUUGGUGUUGUGUCGAAUGGCACAAAGGCUGCUGGCAAAGGGCGGGCGAGCGCACAUAUUCCCCCGAGAAGGAGCAGUUCCCCACCGGAUGGAAAGACAGCGGAUGAUGCGGAGGAUAAUCCAAAGAGCGCGUCACUACGGGCUACUUCGUUUGCAAGAAAAGAGUCGACAAAUACGACACGGAACCGCCCCAAUCUCCAUCGUCAACAGAGCGCAGGAUCGGAUCAAAGCGAGGGCGCGGCCCCGAUGCGGCGGAUUAACAACCCAGCCACACGAGGCAAAAAGGCGGCACGAAAAGAGGAUGCUGCUGGUUCGGCACCGCAGAGCCUAGUGCCCCUGGAACCGGUCUCGGCUGUGCGUCCAGCAGUUGCAGCAGCGAGUGCAAGCGCAAAAGCAGUGCCGAGGACUCCCCGUGAUGCCAUGCCUGGGUUCAGCUCGGCAAACGGAGGAGCGUGGAGUCGGCAUGCGAGAGAUUUGCUUGGAAUUGCGAGGCCCGCCUCCCACCCUCGUCGCCGCUGUUCGCCAACGCCUCCCCGAGGGCUAGAUUCAUGA